AGAGGCAGAGAGCGCUGCUUUGUCAUCAGCUUCUCAGUCCUUCAUCUUCAACACUUUUAAGUCUCUCUCUCUUCUCCGCCAGUGGCACACUGCGCUACCAUCCGGCCACCCACCGCCGCCCCCUCCUCUCUGCUUCUCCGUCGGAGUAGGAGCAGCUCGUUUUACAUAAAACCUAAGAUGGCGACACCGCCACCGAUGGGGCCACCGGGAAAUCCAGUGUUUGACGGAGGACCGCCACCACCGCCGCCAACUCCAGGGACGGACAUGACUGGAAUAUGCUUCAGAGACCAGCUUUGGCUAAACACCUACCCAUUGGAUCGGAACCUGGUGUUUGAUUACUUUGCUUUGUCCCCCUUUUAUGAUUGGGGCUGCAACAAUGAGCAGCUUCGAAUGCGUUCUGUCCACCCCCUCGAUAUCUCACAACUAUCGAAGAUGACAGGGAUAGAGUAUAUGCUCAGUGAAGUUUUGGAACCCCACCUUUUUGUAAUUCGCAAACAAAAGAGAGAUAGCCCUGAGAAAGUUACACCGAUGCUGGCAUACUACAUCUUGGAUGGUUCAAUUUACCAGGCACCACAACUAUGCAAUGUUUUUGCUGCUCGAAUUGGAAGGGCACUCUAUUAUAUACAGAAAGCCUUUACUACAGCUGCCUCAAAGCUGGAGAAGAUAGGACAUGUUGAUUCUGAAAAUGAGACUGUGGUAACGGAAUCAAAGGUUGCUAAGGAGACAAUUGACUUGAAGGAAGUUAGGCGCGUGGAUCAAAUUCUUGCAUCCCUGCAGCGCAAGCUACCGCCUGCCCCACCACCACCACCAUUUCCAGAAGGAUAUGCUCCUACUGCAGCAGGAGAAACUGAUAAAGGCCCCGAAGCUCAAGAAGGAGCAGAGUUGCAGGUUCCUCCUGGCGAUCCCAUUGUUGAUCAAGGACCUGCAAAAAGAAUGAAAUUGAUGUAAAUGACACACAAAUCGCAAUAUGAAAAAGCUGAUCAUUCCCUACAUGUGGCCCUUUCUGGAACAUGGUGAACUGUGUUUUAUACUUUUAUUAUUCCUUCAUUCCUUGGUCUAAAUUAUUGGGCCUUCAUGAAAUUUAGUAAUGUAGUAACCAUCAACUAGGCUCAUUGUAAGAUAGAAUAAUAUCAUUCAUUUUUUUGAAUUAUUGACAAUGCAUUAAUAGGUAGUUUUAGUGCAUGUCCUUCAGAAUUUGGACAUUCUGUCUAUUGGUUAAAUGAGAUAACAAACUAACAAUGCACUAUCAUCAUUUGAUAAAUUUAAAAAAAAGGAUAAAUGACAUUGAACCUUUUCAUUGCCUGA